AUGUGCAUGUUUCUGCUUAUUCUCAUCGCUACUGCAGAUGCAUUGAAAAUACUACAGAUCGUACCAGGAUUCACUAAUAGUCAUGUACUGUUCAAUUAUCGAUUGGCUGAAACUCUGAAAUUCCUCGGCCAUGAUGUGAAGAUGUGGACACAAAUGGAGAUGGCCAUGUUGGACACGGGAAACAACCGGCUACCCGCAGGUGUAACGGAACAUCGUAUAGCUAUCCAUUUUAAGGAUAAGCUUAAAACCGAAGGAUUGAAGGUGUUUCAAUCUCUAAUGUUCUCCGCUGGAGAUGCUUACGAUCUAUGGUGGACAGGACAAGAGUUCAAGGACAUGCGUGUCGAAGCAUGCGCCCAAAUGUUAAAUCAUGACGAAGAGGUUUUUGCUCAGUUUCGCGCCGAAAAGUUCGAUCUAGCCAUUGCUCACUUCCAUGAUCUUUGUCCAUUAGCAAUUGCUGAGAAAAUAGGAGUCAAGAAGGUUGUUUGGAUCACUCACGGCACAUCAAUUUAUGACUUUGCAGCGGUGCAACUGGGGUUGAGGACAUUACCAGCAAGUGUGCCACAUCCGCUAUCAUCAGCUGGUUUCACUCAAUCAUUUUCGGAUCGAGUGUUCAACCUUCUAUGGCAUCUAUCACUACUCGAUUUUGUCAACUUACCUCAGAACCUCCUUCACGAUGAGAAUGAGUACUAUCGAAGUAUUUUCCAAUUAUUUUUUCGUCCUGAUCUACUCAAACUCAAACUAAAAUUCUUAGAUUUUGUCGGAAAAAAUAGUCCAGAUCUAUGGGAUCUUUCAAAACAAGUGCCAGCAUUGCUGAUUAACGGAGAACGAAUGUUGGAUUUCCCUAGACCGCUACCUAUCCAUAUUACCUUUUCUGGAGAACUUGGGCUCAAAAAAGCUGCGAAAAAAGUCGAGUUCGAUGAAGAACUUCGUUCGAUACUCGAACAACCGUCCAAAGGACUCAUUGUAUUCUCAUUGGGUACCGUAUCAAACACAACAAAUAUGCCGGAACAAAUGAUCAAAUCGUUUGUUGGAGCGUUUGCGCAACUGAGUGACUAUACAAUUCUGUGGCGAAUGGAGGGUAAGGUUAGGUAAUC